AUGGAUCAAAUUGGCAAACUGAGUACAGAUACUCUAAGCGCUCAGAGUGCUAGCUUACUUCGCCGUCUGUUGGCCAUUGAAGCCGAGGCUGCCGCGGGAAGCGCCUAUACCACGCACCGGAUACGCAUUUUAGAAGGCCAAUCGCCGUCCCAGAUCGCUGAAACAGAACAUAAUAUUCUUCAAAUUCCAAUUCCAUACCUUGGAACGGUAUGCAUCGCACGCGAGGGAGUUAUAUCCAAAGAAUCGCCGCCUGCUUUGACUUAUCACUUUUCUGUCCACCCGCCGGCUGAAGUGGAACAUAACGUUGACAACCGUGAUAUGGACACAGUGUGCUCAGCCACUACUUAUCCUGAUAUUGAAGUUGCGACGCCAUAUGUAUUACCCCCCACAAAUGUCUGGCCAGCACAUCUGCCGCAGCAGUAUCCGCAUCCUGCUCUCACGGCAGACGCGGGAGAUUGGGCGUUCCAGGGCAUCGACAUGGCUUUCUUUAGCAACCUUAUGCGAGGCUCGCUUUCAGAUACUGCGAAAACCAUGUGA